GUAAAUCCAUUUGCCAAGUGAAAAAACUGAAGAGAGAGAAACAAGUGAUGGUUGUGGCCUUGGAUUUGCAGGAUUUCCUUCUCCGAGCUAGGGUUCUGAAGCUCUACAGACAAGCUCUCAGGAUUUCAAGGAGAGCCCCUGCUGAUUCUAAAGAUGAACUGAGACUGAUGAUUAGACAAGAAAUGGAAAACAACAGGUCUUGCAGAGACAAACAGAGGAUUAGAUUCUUGAUCAGUGAUGGACUGGAGAGAUUAAAGCGGUUGGAUGAGACACUUGAUAUGCAAGGACGUUAAAUACCAGAUAUAUUUGGUCUGUUUGUUUCAUUACGUCUAGUGCCUAAUGUACAUUGAAAUUCUUUUUGCAAGGUUUUAUAUUAUUUACGCAGAUGUGAAUGCGUUAUCAGAAAGGAACAUUGUUAAAUAGGUAUUCAAAAUGAAGACUUCACGUGUAGAAUUAGCCAAAAAAUUGACCCUGACCAGAAGAAUAAGGCAUUGCUGUCGGUUCUUGUAUUGUAGUAGAGCCCUUUUCUUAUAUGAAAUGUUUUAGUUGACUGUAACAGAAUUACUGUGAGCUCUCAAUGGCUAUCAUCCCUUUCAAUAUGUCCUAAAGAAUGGAUAU